AUGAGGUUUAGUAAGAAACGAACGAAUGUUUCUAGUAGACCGCAGACUACUGAACUGAAUUCCAGGGAUCAGAGUGAUUCCCUUGUCGCUGCCCAGCUGAUGUUUAGGAAGUAUUCGAGCAAUUCGACAAAUGGACAAACAACAACAAGUAGUAAUGGUGGUGUCCCAACUAUUGCUAAUAAUUCAAACGUCUAUACUGGCAACAACAAUGGCAACAACAAUGGCAACAACAAUAAUAAUAUGCAUAACAAUAAUGCACACAUCAUCGUUACCAACAGUGCUGGCGAUAUUCUAGGGAAUGCAAGUAACAGUGAUAAUAAUAAUUUAGAUAAUACGGAAGAGGUAGCAGAUAUUGUGGAGAGUCCACUUCGACAAUCGAAUAGAGCAGCAACUCGAUAUAAUGAACAUCAUUUGGUGAAAAAUCUGAGACCACAAGAGGUAUACUACAAUAAUCAUUCUAAUAAGAUUCAACCUGUUAUAGUGACAGAGGUACCGAAUGCAAACACCACAAAAUAUCAAUUGGCUUCACCAUUGACUGCUUCAAGUCCACUGUUAGAGAGACCCAAAUUGAGGAACUCUUAUUCAUCACAGAAUGCAGCACAAAUGGCUGCUGUUGCAGCAAAUAAUAUAACAGGAGGAUAUGAAUUUGAAGAUCAAGACAAAAUUUAUGCGUCUAAAGUUUUAGACGGUCAAUUGCAUUUAAAUCCACAUAGAGAUACAAAGAGCACCUCACAAUUGCAUUUGAAUCAACAAAGGGAUCUUAAAAGUAAUUCACAACUGCAUUUAAAUUUGAGAAUGGAUAAAUUACAAAUUGAUGAUAACCUUUCUCCAGGGACUUCUGAUCAUGAUCAGCAUCAAAAUGAUGACAUGUUAGUAAAAUCUCAAAAUCAUGUUAAUGAAAAAAAUAUGAAGGAACUUAUGUUAAAGUCAAAUUCUUUGAAAUCACCUAUCAUUGAUAGUAGGCAAAAAUUUAUUCGAACAGCAGAUGAAGAAAAUAUCAAACCGUCAUCAAAAGUGUCGCCUCAGGAACAAUCAACAGAGGUUGUUUGGCCUAACUCUAAACUUGAACCGUCAGUAAUCAACACAAAUGAUAAUUCGUCUUCGAAGCAACCACGACGUGAUUCUAAGAAAGAUGUUUCUCGAAAGUCCUCAACCAAAGAGGAAAUAAAAGGGACACCUGGUAAAGAAGUAUCAAGAAGGUCAUCCGGUAAAGGUACAUCAAUGAAAACUUCCUUGAGUAGUGAUAAUGAACAAAUUGCUUUACCUUCAACAAUUCAAUUAGAAAGAAUCCCACCACCUCGAGAAACAUUAGAUCCAUUAGUGAAUUAUGAUUAUGAAUACAAUAGAAGCUCUGAAGGCUUUUCUCCAGAUCAGCGAGAAUCCAAUGGAUAUUUCUCGGAUUCAAGUUAUUGUACUAUGUCUUCUAAAUCGGAGUCUCAAUAUGUAACAGGUUCAGAGAGUAAUGGUGAUGAUUUGGAUGGUAUAGAGGAAACCAAGUCUAGAAAUGAUUUUAGUGAGCUAAUAGCCAAUGGAAGUGAAAAUGCUAAUAUGGGUGGGAAAGUUCUGCAAAAAGACGAGUAUGAUGAUGAAGUCAGUACAAUCUUAUCAGAUACUGACAACACAGAUGGCACAGAACUUCCUGUUUUUCAAAAGAUAUCAGGAGAUCCAAACUCUGAAACCAAACAAUCGAUAACUACAACGGCGACAUACGGUGUUCUGAAUAAAGUUGCUGGCGGGAAUGUUACUUAUGAAGGAACUUUGCCAAAUUUAAUCCCAAAUCACUCAAGAAGAUCAAAGAUAAGUAGAAUAAGGAGAAAAAUAUUUGGGUCACAUUCUAGUAAGAACCAGCCAAUUAGUUCAAAUGUGACAGCAAACGAUGGUAGAGCAAUUAUUCGUACCUCCAAUAAUGUGAGGUUGCGGACAACAAUGAGGGACGAUGAUUAUGACGAAGAUGACGUUUAUUACAACUAUAAUUCAGGAAAUGAUUCAUUUUCAAUAGACUAUAAUAAUCCAAGUGGUUAUGAAGAUAAUGAUAAUUCCUAUUCGCCAGAAUCAGAUGAUUCCUUAGUUCACGAGAAAUCAAAAGUUACAAGAGGUAUUAAAAAAAGGUUUAAGAAAAAUCCAUUGGGUCAAUAUAAGCAUUAUCCAAAUGAAUUGUCCUAUAAUUUUUACAGUCAACACAAUAUAUCGCAACCAAAGAAAUUCAAUAUGGAGAAACCAUGGAAAUCCCAUAAAGACGUUAAUUUUGUAACUCCUAAAGAAAGAAAGAGGUACGAAGGUAUGUGGGUCAGUAAUCGAUUUUUGUACCUAAGUUUAUUACCAUGGUGGUCGAGAUUAAUGGAUGAAGAAGAAGACUUUGAAAUUUCAAAUUUGCCUACUGAUGGAUUGAUGUUAAACCUUGUAGUUCAAGAUAUAUGGUGUCGUUCUAAUUUACCCACAGAUUUAUUACGACAAAUAUACGAUUUAGUAGAUACCAGAAAGGAUGGUACGUUAGAUAGAACAUCAUUCAUUGUCGGUAUGUGGUUAGUAGAUCAAUGUUUAUACGGUAGGAAGCUACCUAAAACCAUUGAUCAAAAUGUUUGGGAUAGUGCAGACAAAUAUGCUGUAAAUAUUGUAAAUUCUAACACUUAUAAGGUCAUUAAUAAACAAAAGAAGAAACUAAUUCGAAAAGAAAUGGAGAAUAUUAAAAAGGAGCAAAGAAAUGCUCCACAUUAA